AUGCUUGUAACGCGGAUAUUCUGCCGAGCGUCGAUGUUAGGACCGCGCGGAGAUGUGGACGGAGAAAGUGAUGCUAGAGGGCCGCGUGAGGACACGCGCUGUGCGCGGAUUGGCGAGGAGGAUGCAGUGAAUGUGGACACUCGAGCGGCAGCGAGUUGGCGCGCGACGGCCGAGGUGGACGAUAGAGCCAUAGGGGAGUGGCGAAAUGGAAAGGUUGAAAAUGGCUUCAAGCCAUGUCUUCACGAGCCGCUCUCUCCUGCUUCUCGCGCGGCCGUGUCGCGCAUCUCCGUUACACACCGCACUCUCGUCGCCGAUAGCCGGAUCGCAACUCUCUUCCUCCUUUCUCUCUACGCGACGGUUGAGAUCAUUAGUGGCUCGGAAUCCGAGCCUGGUGUGUUGUUGUCCGAGCCUGUCGCCAUGCCUUCGCCAGUGGAGGGGAGCUCAGGAGGAGCCAGCACGAGUGGUGGAUCCGAUGUGCCUAUAUUGAGCGGGCUUCCAAAGGGUGUGGUUAUACGCGAUAUAGAGGAACUGCAGCGGAAGAAGCGGGCGAUGAGAGCAGCAGGGCACGAUACAGUGCAGGUGAUAGCGGAUUUCGACCGCACGCUCACCAAGUUCACAGUCAACGGCAAGCCGGGGCAGAGCUGCCACAUGCUGCUGAACCUGCGGCACCCGGAGUUGGAGGAGAGGGGCAGGCGGCUGACAGCCAAGUACCUGCCCUUGGAGACGGACCCGCACUUGCCGUACGAGGAGAAGUUCAAAUGCAUGGUGGAGUGGUGGACGGCAGCACACGAACUGUUGCUAGAGAGUGGAAUCACGCGCGCUGACGUCACUCAGAGUGUAGCCGCUGCCAACACCGCCUUCCGUGACGGCUUCUGUGACAUGCUGGCGCUGCUGGAGGCCCAUGUUGUGCCGCUGCUCAUCUUCUCUGCUGGCCUGGCUGACGUCAUUGAGGAGCUGCUGCGCCAGCAGCUGCCUCGCUCCUUCUCCAACGUGCGAGUGGUCUCCAACCGAAUGCAGUUCGAUGAAUCUGGACGCCUCGUCGCCUUUCCAGGGCGCAUCAUCCACGUGUUGAACAAGAAUGAGCACGCCUUGGAGCUCGCAGCCAUGGAGGAGGCCUCUGCACCUUCUGACACUCACACUCACGGCCAUGCCACCACCACAGCUGCACACACAAACCCAGCUUCCGCCACCCAGGUGCUGACAAUGCCUCCGCAAGGUGUUGAGGAGGCUGGUGCAAUCACGGCUGCAGAGGAGGUGGCGGAGGUGCGGAGCAGGACGAAUGUGAUUCUGCUGGGCGACCAUCUGGGGGACCUGGGCAUGUCGGAGGGUGUGAGUAUCAGCAAUCAGAUCUCAGUGGGGUUCUUGAACCAUGACUUGGAGCGGCAGUUGGAGAUCUAUAAGAGUGUUCUCCCUGCUACCCGCAUUAGACGUCGUCGCUCGGCUGUCGAGGCGCUCCAUUCGGCGCUUUCGAUCGAGCCCGUAUCGCCCGCCUUCGCCCCGCAAAUGGGCGUCGACCGCGCGCAGGCGGAGCCGGACACAGCGGCGCGGGAGAAGCGGCCGAGAGAGGCGGAGGGUGAAGGGGCGGAGGAAAAAGCGGAGGAGGGGAAUGGCGGAGGUCCGAGAGAUUGGGAAGUGACGGGGGGAGACAAAGCGGGAGCAGAUGCGGGUGGUCAAGGCAAUGAGACGGCGAAGGAAGUGAAGGGAGAUGCAAGAGGGGAGAGCACGAGAGGGACGGAGGAGAAAGCAAAUUUAGAUGGCAGAGCGGGGGUUAAGAAUGAGGACGAAGGGGGCAAGAGGGACACAGAGAGAGAACCGAAACGGCUGAAAUCGGAGGCAGGAGCGUCGGAGGAAGCAGAAACAACGGAGACGGCAGCCGAUGGCGACAAGGGGGACGACGAGGACGUAAAGAGAGAGCGCAACCGAAAGUAUUACAAAAAGAAAAAGGUGGCGCUCUUUAUCGCGUACUGCGGCGCGGGCUACCAGGGCAUGCAGCGCAACCCGGGCGCGCGCACGAUCGAGGGGGAGCUGGAGAAGGCGCUGUACCGCGCGGGCGCGAUCCUGGAGAACGACCUCGGGGACUUCUGGAAGAUCGACUGGAUGCGCUCGGCGCGCACGGACAAGGGCGUGAGCGCGCUGGGGCAGGUGGUGUCCGUGCGCCUCGUGCUGGACCCGCCGGGCUUCGUGGAGCGCGUUAAUAAGCACUUGCCCAAACAGGUGCGGCUGCUGGGCUUCGUUAAUGUCACGGCAGGGUUCAACGCCAAGGACCAGUGCGACCGGCGCAGGUACGAGUACGUGAUCCCGACGUUUUGUUUCAACCCGCUGGCCCACCGCGACCGCGAGUACCUGCUGCGCAUGGGGCUCAUUGCGGACCCCGACGGCGCACCGGCCGCGCAGGGCGGGGGCGAGGGCGAGGGGGCAGUGGGGGAGAAGGGGGCGGAAGGGAAGGAACAGAGCGGGGCUGCAAAGGACUCCGCAGCUGCUGCAGAAGAGAAGGAGAAGGGGAAGGCGGAUGGGUUGGCAGCUGCUGAUAAGCCAUCAGAAGCUGCGGCAGACACAGAAGAAACAGAAUCCAAACAAGCAAACAAAGCAGAGGGAAAAGCAGCAGCGGACGCAGAGGACAAGCCCAAGCCCGCCACACUCCCCGCCCCCCUCCCCGCCGUGUUCACCCCGCCGCCCUACACGUUCGACUCGGCGGCUCUGGCGCGUCUGAACCACCUGCUGGGGCUGUUCGUGGGCACGCACUGCUUCCACAACUACACCGUCAAGGUCAGCGCCAAGGACGCGGCGGCCAAGCGCUACAUCGUGUCGUUCGCCGCUGAGGGCGUGACGAGUAUUGAGGGCAUGGAGUGCGUCAAGUGCGUGGUGGUGGGGCAGAGCUUCAUGCUGCACCAGAUCCGCAAGAUGGUCGGCAUGGUGCUGGCCGUAAUGAGGGGGCAUGCGCCCGAGGAGAUGCUCACUGACGCGUUUCGGAGGGACAAGCGGUACAACGUGCCCUUGGCACCAGAGCUCGGUCUGUUCCUGGUGGAGUGCAUGUUCCCCGCCUACAACAACAAGUGGGCCGCCUCGCACCCGCUGGUCACACUGGAGCCGUUCAGGGAGGCGGCGGAGCGGUUCAAGGAGGACGUGGUGUACCCGCACAUCGUGAGCACGGAGCGCAAGACCCACGUGUUUGCCACGUGGCUCUCCAACCUCAACGACCGCAACUACCCCGACUUUGUGCUCGCCAGGGCUGAGGCCAAGGGGCUGCUGGGCGGUGGUGGGGACGGUGAAGGGGAGGAGGGAGUGGGGAAGGCAGAGAGGGGGGAAGGAGGUGCAGAGGAGGCGAAAGAGGGGGAGAAGAAGGAAGGGUAG